AUGCAGCUCACAGAAAUUGCUCGCGCUCUGAGCGCACAGUGGCCAUGUCGUGAUGUCCAAACACGACAACUUGCCUGCUUGUUGCAUCCACAUUUACCUAGCCCACCCACUCUAGUAGUCCACGGCGUUUCAGCUACCUGCAAAUCUACCAUUCUCAGCAGUGUUCUUUCUGCCCUGGAAACACCACAUGCCAUCGUUCGCAGCUCUGAGUGCAUUACCGGACGACAUCUCUUGACGAAGAUCCUCUGGAACACACUUGAAGCAUUUGGACAGAAAGAUGAAUGGGAGAAAUUUGGAAAGGGACGGUGUGAGCACGUUAGUACUCUAGCCGUGCUCCUAGAGGAAUGCCUGGCAGCCAGACCGGUCGAGAAGCGCGGAAAGUUUGUGCUUGUGCUAGAUGAGAUUGAUAGACAACGAGAGGCCUCGCCAACUCUACUUUCAGCUUUGGCCAGACUCGGAGAACUUAUUCCUUCGCUCUGUGUUGUUUUAGUCCUGAGCUCUACACCGCGGCCACUGUUUCUCCAGAAUGCAGCUGUCCCUCAUAUUAGUUUCCCUCCAUAUACUCGAAAAGAAGCCAUUGAAAUCUUGAUGUCUUCGCCAAUUCCUAAUAUCGAAGGUGUACCCACGGAAUCCAUAUCACGAAUCUACCCACAUUUCGUCACCACUAUCUACGACACCCUGGUUGGACCUACAGCCGGCUCAAUUCCCUCCUUCCAAUCUAUCUGCGACAGGCUAUGGCCACGGUUCAUCGCUCCCAUUGUACAGGGCGAAACACCUCCAGGAGGUAAUACGGAAUGGGACUUUGCCAGACUCCUAGUCAAAAACCGACAGCUUUUCCGACACCAAGGCGAAUCAGCACUUGUGCACCGCAUUGUACCAGAAAACUCCUACACACCCACUGAGAGAUUCCGCAAACCAUUAGCACCCACCGUGGCCCCUUCAGCAUUACCAUCUCUACCAUACUUCUCCACUCUAAUCCUAACAUCCGCAUACGUCGCUUCACACACCCCACAAAGAUUAGACACGAUCUUCUUCUCGAAAUUCUCCUCAUCCUCUCUAUCUGCACGAAACAAGCGUGCUCACCAUCGUCGUCGUCUCAAGGUCCUUUCCCAGGCCCAAGCAGAAGAAAGACAACAAGCCGCUAAUAACGGCACACCAAACAAGAAGGGCAAACGAGUGAAAACUCGUAUCACGAAAUCAACCCUCUCUUCCGCUUUUGCUACUUCCUCGGCUACAACUUCUGCUAUUGGAGGUGCUGGUGGUAUUACAGGACCAUCUACUAUCCUAACUGCACGACCAUUCCCACUCGAACGCCUUCUCGCUAUCUACCAUGCGAUUGACCCCAAUCCACCUGCAAAUCCCAUCCGUACAGGCGCAGUUGCUGAUCAGAUCUACGCUGAGCUGGCGACUCUUCGCCGUUUACGUCUUGUUGUCCCGGCUUCGGGUCAUCAUAAUGGACUCGCUAGUACAACUAGUGGAAAUACUAGUGCCGAUGCGGGUGAGAAGUGGUGUGUGAACGUCUCCGGGGACUGGAUUGGCGAAUUGGCCAAGGGUAUUGGUGUUGAGGUUGGCGAAUGGUUAGCUGGUGGAUUGGAUUGA